UGGGGUGCCCUGCUUUUCUCUGUCAUGGAAUGGAACCAAACUUCAAAAUUAGAGCAACAGUGGAUUCGUGAUUGUGUGCUCUGUAGGAUACAAUCCUGAUAUAUUUUUAAAAUGUCAUGAAUCAAAUUAUAUUAUCAUAAAAUAUAUUUAUGUUCAUUUUAUUUUAUAAGUAAAAAGAUGAGAGUAUGAAUUGAUAUCUUGAAGCACCAUGUGCCCCACCUCAAAACAAGCAGUGGUUUUGUUUUUAUGAGCAACUUAAAGAAAACUUGAAAUGUCAGCAUUUAUGAGCAAGUUGACUUGUUUUUAUACAUGUUGAGUCAACCAGGUUCUGUUCGUAAUUACGAGGAAAUAUUUCAACAUUCAGGUGAAACAAUAUCUAGACAUUUCCAUAGUGUCUUAGAAGCUGUGUGUAUGUUUGCAAAGGAUAUAAUUAAGCCUAUUGAUCCAUCAUUUAGAGAUACUCCUGAUGAGAUUCUAAAAGAUGCCAGAUAUUGCUCUUAUUUUAGGAAUUGUAUUGGUGUAAUAGAUGGUACUCAUAUACGAGUUUGUGUUCCCUCUCAUCUACAAGGAGUCUAUAUUGGUCGAAAAGGCUACACUACCACUAAUGUCAUGGCUGUUUGUGACUUUAGCAUGUGUUUCACUUUUGUUUGGGCAGGUUGGGAAGGUUCUGCACAUGAUACUAAGAUAUUUAUGGAGGCUUUACGUAAGCUUGCAUUGCAUUUUGCACAUCCUCCUCAAGGUAAAUAUUAUCUUGUUGAUUCUGGUUACCCUACUUUUAUGGGUUUUCUAGGAUUGUACAAGAAAACUAGGUAUCAUAUCCCGCAAUUUAGAAUUGGGCCUAGAAUCAGGGGAAGAGUUGAAGUUUUUAAUUAUUAUCAUUCUAGUCUUCGAAGUACAAUUGAACAUGCAUUUGAUUUAUGUAAAGCAAGAUGGAAGAUAUUAGGUAAUAUGUCACCUUUUGCUUUGAAGACACAAAACCAAAUCAUUGUUGCUUGCAUGACAAUACAUAACUUCAUUCAAAGAAAUGACAAGAGUGAUGGAGAAUUUGAUUCACUUGAUGAAGAUAACGAAUAUAUAGAUACUGAUGAGGAUGAAAGUGAAGUUGGUCCUAGUACUACAACAUAGGAAGAAUCGGAUGCUCAAAGUACUCUACAAAUGGAAUGGUUUAGAGAAUCUCUGAAGAAUAUGUUUUCAACACGUAUUUAAUUUCUAUAUUUUUUAAUAAUACAAGUUUGCAUGUUUAUGGUAUGGGUACAUUUGAAUAAUUUUAUA